UUUUUGCUUUUGACAAUGAUGACAUAACCUCAAGGAGGAACUUCGAGUUGUUUUGUUCUAUAUAGUAAAAAACAUUCAGACUCAAGAUGAGGGUGUUCAAGAGUGUCAUUUCUUUAUUAAAUAGACAAGCCAAAAAGGAAACAUUGUCCGCAACAAAUCGACUUUAUAAUAGUGAUGGAAAGAGUGUUAAUUGCAGGACUGAUGCAGCCAAAAGCGUAGAGCAAACACAAAAAAAUAAUGAGCCUGAACGACAGAAAUACAAUCCAAUCGUGGAAAGUCAUUUUGAAGAUGGUGUUUCAAUAACAUCGUAUAACACAUUUGGAUUCCGUUUGAACCAACAAAUUUCAGUCAUUGGUCCAGUUAUUGUGUUUCCACGAACGGUCUUCUCAUGGCAUGUUGAAAGUGUUGAACGAAUCAACGCUGAUUCGCUGGUUAUAUUCGGUCUUGUGCAACCGAGAAUCGAAACGCUAAUCAUCGGCACGGGAGAAUUUGAGACGACAUCGCAUGUUGGCAAAAAUAUCUUGGAAAUAGCACAUAAACAUAAAAUUAAUAUCGAAAUUCUUACAACGGAACUGGCCUGUACACAAUUCAAUUAUUUGAAUGCGGAAGGUCGAAUGAUAGCAGCUGCAUUAAUUCCGCCAAAAGAAACACGGAUUGGUGAAGAUGACAUUUUCUGCACGCAAAAUUUCGAUAGUAAAUUAUUCACAAUUGACAGCAUGCACACGGAGGAUAUCAGAAAUUUUACAAAGAAAAAAUAAUUCGAAAAACCAUACAUUUUUUGCAAUAACUUUCAAUAUCAUGUCGCACUGAAAAAAUAGUUAUAUUUCAAUAAAACGAUAUUCAAAAAUAA